UCUCAUAUUGCCUAACUAGUUAAAGUCCCGUACAAUGCACGGAUUUUAAUAACUUAUAUAGCGAAUUACAACAUUAAUUUAACAAUUAUAUGCUAAAAAAAAAAAAUUACUAUAAAAUAUAUACAUUCAAAAAUAUUUCGAUUGAAUGCGUAUGACAAAAAUAUAAUUGCUAAAAUGGAAAGUAAAUAUUAUAGGCUAUAAAUAUUUUUUAUAAGGAAAGAUAAAGACCGGAGGAAAAUUUUUUAAUUAAGUUAUUGAUUAUUGAUGAUUUGCCUUUGUCCCUUGUUAUCAAUUUUCUCCUUAGAGCUCUUUCACGCUGCACCCCUCUUUCUCUCUCCUCCCUUGAAGCGUACUCUGACUUCUCCAUUGAAGCGGCUUCCGAGCUUUCUAUCCUCCAUUGAAGCAUUUUCCGAGAUGUCGCUAAGAAAAGCUCCACUUCCUCGCAUACUUAUCAACAAUGCAUCCUGCAUGCGAAAUGCCCAACAAAUUUUGCGCCAUGUUAAUGCCUCUGUUCAUGAUGGCGGUGGACUUGUGCUGACAGGUAGCAAUGGUUCAGGCAAAAGCACUUUCCUCCGCAUGUUAGCUGGCUUCUCCAAGCCUUCUGCUGGAGAGAUCCUUUGGAAUGGGCAUGACAUUACGCAGUCAGGAGUAUUUCAUCAAUAUAAGCUCCAGCUUGGAUGGGUUUCUCUAAAAGAUGCUGUCAAGGAAAAAUUUACAGUCCUGGAAAAUAUUCAGUGGUUCGAACUUCUUGAAGGAAAAGAAGGAAGAUCUCUUCCGGCCUUGGAGCUUAUGGGUUUGGGAAGGUUGGCAAAGGAAAAGGCAAGGAUGCUGUCAAUGGGUCAGCGAAAAAGACUUCAACUUGCUAGGCUGCUGGCAAUUGAUAGGCCUAUUUGGUUGCUGGACGAGCCAUCUGUUGCUUUGGAUGAUGAUGGUGUAAAAUUAUUGGAGUAUAUAAUUGCUGAGCAUCGAAAGAAGGGAGGAAUUGUGUUUGUGGCAACUCAUCUGCCUAUCAAGAUUGAUGAUGCAAUGUACUUGAGGUUGCCACCUAGAUUUCCUAGACGGAUGACUUUGAUCGAUAUGCUUGAUCGCAGUGACAUUGCUUGAUUUUGUGAGGCUAGUGGUUAAGUUCUUUGAAUUAAAUUUAAACCAAGACUGAGGCAUGUUAAUUAGCUUUUCAUCAGUAAACUCAGCUAACAGCAUAUGGCACUCGACUUCUUCCCCAUGCUAGAUCUUUGCAAGGUUUGACUCCAUCAGCAGCAACAUGACAAUUGGCUUUCGUGAGGAUUUAUUUCUUUGAUGAGUCAGAUUCCCUUUUGGUUCUCUGGGCCUUUCACGGUCUUAUACUGGAGUUUCUCUAGUUCAUUGGGUCUGCAUUCUACAAUCAGCUCGCUACCCUUUCGUUGCACUCCAAAGUUAUGAAUGCUGCCUUUGUGAUUGUGAAUUAUGUUGGCAUUUUUGUUCCGUGGUGAUGUAUUAUAGAUUCAGCAUAUUGGGAACUGAAAGAGCAUUACGAAUGUUGCGAGCUCUAGCCUCUCUCUUAUGGAGUGGAGUUUGUGGUAGAUUAUAAAACACACAUUGGAAUUACAUUAUGCUCCAUGAAGUUACAGUUCCAAGUAACUGCAUUAGUUUGAUUUUUUUGCUGUCUAUGAAUUUUAUCUUGGACAUUAAAUCCUUAAUCUGCCUGCAAAUCCGUAUUAUUUGUGUACAAAGUUCGAGAUUAAUACUCAUAUUAAUUAAUGGCUUGUUUGUUAACAA